GCCUGGUGGGCGUGGCCGGCGGGAGGGACCUGAUAUACUGCGGGCGCCCGCGGCUCUGCUCAGCUCCAGACUCAACAGAGCUGGCGCGGUGUUUCCUCCCUGCAGUGCCCUCACACCCUGAGCUGCAGCCGCCGAGCCGUGUCCGCGCCGAUCCCCAGCCCAGCCACCAUGAACGUCCUGCUGGCGUCCCUGCUCUUCUGCGCCCUGGUCGUGAGCGACUCUGAAGGCUAUCGUGAAAUUGAAGCAUCAGGUGCAGAAAAUUGUGGCUGUCUGAAUGGAGGAACAUGUGUGUCCUACAAGUAUUUCUCCAGCAUGCAGCGGUGCAGCUGCCCGAAGAAAUUCCAAGGGGAGCACUGUGAGAUAGACGCAUCAAAAACCUGCUACGAUGGGAAUGGUCACUCUUACCGAGGAAAGGCCAACACUGACACCAGAGGACGGCCCUGCCUGGCCUGGAACUCUGACUCUGUCCGUUCGCAAAAGUUCCACACCCACAGAUCUGAUGCUGUCCAGUUGGGCCUGGGGAAACACAAUUAUUGCAGGAACCCAGACAACCACAGGUGGCCCUGGUGCUACGUACAGAUUGGUCUAACGCAGUCCAUACAAAAGUGCAAGGUGUCCAGCUGCUCUCUUGAAAACAGGCCCUCUCCUCCCCGUGAAGAGCAGGAGUUCCAGUGUGGCCAGAAGGCCACACCGAAUCCCCGCUUUAAGAUCGUUGGUGGAUAUUUCACCACCAUUGAGAACCAGCCCUGGUUUGCAGCCAUUUACAAGAGGAACCGGGGAGGCUCUGUCUCCUUUGUAUGCGGUGGCAGCCUCAUCAAGCCUUGCUGGGUGGUCAGUGCCACCCACUGCUUCAUCAACCACCAGGUGAAGGAGAACUACAUCGUCUACCUGGGCCGGUCCAGGCGCAGCUCCACCACUCCUGGGGAGAUGGAGUUUGAGGUAGAGCAGCUGAUCCUGCACAAAAACUACAGCGCCGAGACCCUGGCACACCACAAUGACAUUGCCCUGCUGAAGAUCCGAUCCAGUGGAGGCCAGUGUGCACAGCCGUCCCCAUCCAUACAGACCAUCUGCCUGCCCCCCAAGGACAGCGAGCCCUCUUUCGGCACAAGCUGUGAAGUCACAGGCUUUGGACAAGAGAGUGCUAAUGACUAUCUCUAUUCAGAACGCCUGAAAAUGACCUCUGUGAAGCUGAUUUCCUAUCAGCUGUGUCAGCAGCCCCUCUACUAUGGCUCGGAAGUCACCACUCAAAUGCUGUGUGCUGCUGACUCUGACAAAUGGGAAACAGAUUCCUGCCAGGGAGACUCUGGAGGACCCUUGGUCUGCAUCACCCAAAACCGCCUGACUCUCACCGGGAUUGUGAGCUGGGGCCGUGGAUGUGCCUUGAAGUACAAGCCGGGUGUCUACACCAAGGUCUCCAGCUUCCUGCCUUGGAUCUAUACCCACAUCAGGGAAGACAAUAGCCUCAAUCUCUAGGACCCCUGGAGAGCGGAGGGAGGAAAGAAACAGCUGUCUGUUCCCAAGCUGACCCUUUGUGCAGGUGAGCUGCCUGCAUCUGCCGAAGGACAAGACGGGAAAUCGGGCUCUGCACAGGUGGCUCGGCUUGCGCCACCCACCAGGGUGACGAUGAUAGCUUUACUCUCAGAUGCAGUCUGGGUGCUGGCCACCCAGACGCCCCUGGCCAGGACAAAGAAGUGGUCCCAACUCAGCAUAACAUUGACCAGUUACUGACUUUUUGGAUGGAAGCCUCCUGCCAUGCAUGGAGGAGCAGGGGGUGACCCUAGAGGCCCACAGUUGGGAAACGAGUUACUUCCCAACUAGGAAGUGUGACAGCUGAGGUCCCUGGAGGAGUUUGGCCAACAGGGACACACACAGCAGUUUGGGGAACAGGGACACUCAAAGGAAGAGCUCUGGCAGCCCAAGAACAGAGCCAGAAGCCUUCUAUACGCGUGAUGUUUGUGUACUUGUGUCCCGGCCAUGAGGGAGGCGUCAGAGCUGCUGUGGUCUCUGGUCCGACUCUAGGUCUGAUGUUUUCCUAAACCAUGGUUUGUGAUGCCAGCCAGAGUGGUCUGCCUGGGGAGCUCAUGGGUCACCUGGGGCUCCUUGGGUCCCCCACAUGAUGGGGCCCACGAUGUAUCACUGUGGAGUACAACUUACAACCAUACCAAGUAUCUGUUUCACCCUCACACAGAUGUUCCUGUCUGGGUCAGUUGCCAGACCUUCUGACCGUUCUGCCUACCUAUCCAAUCCUCACUGGGUGAGGUGAGGGGCUACUCCUAUAUACUGAAUAUUUAAUAAUUAUAUUCUGUGAUGUUUAUUUAUAUCUAUUUUUAUAAUUAUGAAUAAAGGUGAUUAAUAAAAUGUGAUUUUUUUUCUGAA